AUGGCACCAGCACCCGCAACCUUGUCCGACAAUGAGAAAUGCCUAAUCGCUGCUCUCAAUCAAUUCGCCUCUAAGGAGAACAAAUUCCCCGUACUGAACAACGCCAAGCUAGCGGAAGACCUAGGACUUCCUACUCCAAAUGCUGCUCGUGUUCGUGUAAGUAUAAUUUAUUCUUAGAAUUGCACACUUUUACGAUAAACAAAUACUGAGUUUCCGAUCUACUAGUGGGCUCGAUUGACGACAAAAAUUAAGGAGGGAAAGUUUGGAGAUUUGAAGAUUAUUGCUGGUGGAGGAGGUGCUGGUGAUAAAAAUCAGAAGCGCAGUAAAGAUGAGGCGGAUUUCGAGGGUAAUGAUGAGGAAUUGACUGAUGUUACUUCUCCUACUAAGAAGCAAAAGUCAGGUGCCACACGAAGGAAGGCUUGUGGAGCUAAUGGAAAGGUCAAGAAGGAUGUCUUUGAUGAAUGUGGUCAGGAAGAGAAGUUCAUGGACGGAGAAGCCUCUUCCUCAUUUAAUGUCUUUGAAGAUUCGGAUGCGGCCUAG